AUGCGUACAUUUGCUCUUGUCCAAGUUUCCGCUCUCGUUGCUGCGAUUCUAGUCAGCGCUGUCCCUUCACCAUAUCCCAAUUCCCCAUUCCGCCACAGGUCUUUGGCUAAGAAAGGACAUGUCCCGCGUCAGUCUACGCCGAAGUACGUUGUUGCCCACCAUAUGGUAGGCAAUACAUAUCCGUACACGGUUACGGAUUGGGCGAAUGAUAUCGCUCUUGCCUCGGCUUCCGGUCUCGAUGGCUUCGCUCUGAAUGUCGGAAGCGAUGUCUGGCAGUCUGCACGAGUCGCUGACGCAUACCAAGCUGCUGCCAAUUCUGGCACCGGCUUUAAACUUUUCCUCUCUUUCGACAUGAGCUCCCUCCCAUGUAGCUCUCCCGAUGACGCGCAGGCCCUCCGCAAUUACAUUACAAGUUAUGCGACCAAUCCCAACCAACUAACUAUUAACGGUCAAGUUUUUGCAUCAACGUUCUCUGGCGAAACCUGCACUUUCGGGCAAGGCUCUGUCCCACAGGGCUGGUCGUCCCAAUUUACAUCCCAACUGACUGGUCAGAAUUCUGUGAUGUUUGUUCCAUCCUUCUUUGUGGAUCCUUCCACGUUCAGCCAGUACGACGGCGUCAUGGACGGUUACUUCAACUGGAACGGUGGUUGGCCGAUUGAAUUGACGACGAAUUCAGUCCAGUCGACUCUUGGCUCUGCUGCGCCCGCCCUUGGCGGUCUUGGUACCUUCUCUAGCGCCGUCGAGCAGACGCUCAACCAGUCCACUGGUAUCUUCAGUACCGAUGCGCCAUACUUGAACGGCCUGAACUCGAUUUCGAGCAGCUCGAAGACGUACAUAGCGGCUGUGAGCCCUUGGUUCUUCACACACUAUGGCCCUAACACCUACAAUAAGAACUGGAUUUAUCUUGCGGACUUCCACUUGUACCCUACACGAUGGGACUCGCUUAUUGAGAACCGCGAUUCGGUCGACGUUGUUGAAGUGCUCACAUGGAACGAUUACGGCGAGUCGCACUACGUCGGUCCGAUUGAGGGUGCACAACCCAACUCCCAGGCGUGGGUGAAUGGAUUCAAUCACACAGGUUGGCUUGAUAUGACGAGCUACUACGCGAGCGCCUACAAGACAGGCGCUUAUCCUAACAUUGCCAAGGACAAACUCUACAUGUGGGCGCGGCCCCAUCCAAAGGAUGCAAACUCUGGGGAUUCAGUCCCUAAGCCUACUAACUACGAGCUGGACCAAGAUACGCUUUGGGUUGUUGUGAUGGCUACUGCGCCUGGCACCGUCACCCUUUCAACCUCCAACUCGAACUCGCAGACAUUCCCUGUCGAUGCCGGCGUCACGAAGCUCUCCAUUCCACUCACUCCGGGCGGAUACAUGCACGGCGUCCUCGAGCGGAAUGGCGGAACAACCAUUGACCUCCAGCCCGCUGACUACACGUUCAAUCCUAACCCUCUUUCGUACAACUACAACGCCUACGUUGCAUAUGCCAGUUCCGGAUAG